AUGGCCAUUAUAACUGGCUAUAGGGACUGUAAGCUCGUACACGAGAUUUCGCGAGAGGAUGUAACUUCCGGUGACAAACAAAGCGUGGCUCAGAAGAGAGAAUAUAACUUUCAGUUUGUUUCGUUUGGGCGUAUUAUCACUACCAAAAUGGUCAUUUGUUUUGCUUAUGGGUGCAACCAUCGCAGUGGGUCAUCAGACUGUCAUUUCUACCGUUUUCACCCUAAGAAAAGAGUUCUUUGGGGUCAGUUAUGCAGAAGAGCUGAUAAAGAGCCUAGUGACCAGAAUGACAGGAUUUGUUCUUGUCAUUUUAAAGAUGGUGUUAAACAGGGUGACCCUAUCUACUUCCAGCAUAACUCUGGAAAACUCAUGGAUUUUCCUGAUCCAGAACACCACAAAAGAAAAACAACAUGUCAUUCAAAUGAAACUAAGUCAGUAGAGGAGCCAGUAGAGCAGCCUAACUGGACUGAAUGCCAAAACCCUGAACAGGCUAUGGUAGAGCACAGUUAUGCCACACCAUGCACUCUGACAUGUGCAGCAGAAAUGAAAAGGCUUGCGUCCCAGUGCCAAACCUUGGAGGAACAAAUUGCUUCACUGACUGUAGAUGCUGCAAAGACAAAACCAAUGUCUAUAGACCAAAUUAAGGACAGUGAAGAAAAGAUGCUGCUGUAUACAUCACUGCCAUUUGACAUAUUCAGUGUAUUGGUAAGACUAUUGCAGAGAUUUAACCUGAAAUAUUAUAGCGAGUGGUCACCUACAAUCAGGAUAGAAGAUCAACUUCUUAUAGUGUUGAUGAAACUCAAGCUUAACCUUCGUGACCUAGACUUAGCGCAAAGGUUUUGUGUGAGCCGCCCAGUUAUUUCCAACAUUUUUCAUACCAUUGUGUAUGCCCUUCAUGAAAUGUUGUUUAAGGGAGUUGUAAACCACUGUUUCCCCAGCCAAUUGAAAUGCAAAGGAUCGAUGCCUAAGUCUUUUGCCGAGUUUUCUUCAGCAAGGGCCUCGAUGGAUGCACUAGAAAUGACGCAAGACAUUCCUUCACACAUGGACAUGCAGGCCAUAGCCUAUAGCUCUUACAAGAGCCGUCACACCGUGAAGGCUCUCACUUGUGUAGCUCCGAAUGGCUCCAUUACCUAUUGCUCCAAGCUGUAUCCAGGGUCUACAUCAGAUGUUGCCAUUGUUCGGCAUAGUGAGGUUCUGAAAAAAAUCAGUGCAGGAGACCUUAUCUUAGCAGAUAAAGGAUUUACGAUUCACGACCAACUACCUCAAGGAGUGUGUCUAAACAUACCUGCUUUUCUUUCAUCUCGGGGUCAGUUUACCCAACCAGAGGCUGAGUUGUGCUACAAAAUUGCCACGGCUCGAAUCCAUGUGGAACGUGCCAAUGAAAGGAUAAAAAACUUUGAGAUACUUCAUCAUAUUCCAUCUACUUACAGAGCUAUGUCUACUCUGGUUGUGUUAGAGCUCCACAAAUGCCCAUCUGAAGCCUUCAUUAUAUACUUUGAUUGA